AUCCAGGCGAGCCUGCUGGCGUGCGAGGGGCUCUCCGGCGUCUGCCUGGUGCCCACGGUGGCCAGCAAGAAGAUGAUGCGAAAGAGCUCAAAGCAGGCGGAGGGCAGGGAAAGGGGCAGCAGCCCCGACGUGCUGGCACUGCGUCAGGAUGGGGAGAAAUCCCGCAGCCGAAAGGAGGAGGAGACGGCGGAGGCGUCGCAGCCCAAAAAGUCCAUUAAGAAGGUGGUGGUGAUCAAGCAGAACUGCUCCUUCCAGCUGAGGAUCCACAAGAACUUCAUCUGCGAGCAGUGCUGCGGGGCGUUCCGCAGCAGUUACCACCUCAAGAGGCACAUCCUCAUCCACACCGGCGAGAAGCCCUUCGAGUGCGACGUGUGCGACAUGCGCUUCAUCCAGAAGUACCACCUGGAGCGCCACAAGCGCGUCCACAGCGGCGAGAAGCCCUACCAGUGCGAGCGCUGCAUGCAGAGCUUCUCCCGCACAGACCGGCUGCUGCGACACAAGCGCAUGUGCCAAGGCUGCCAGACCAAAGGCCCCGAGGCGCAGCUGCUGCUGUAGGGCCGAGCGCUGGGGGGCGGCCGUGUCCCCCCCCGAGCCGCUCCCGGACUUCCCGACCAGGUCCCGACACUGUACAUAGGCUGAGGAUGAGUUGGAACCCUUCUCCCGCGCAACGGCAGCGGGCGGGGGGGCGGCUCUGCCCACCCCCCUGCCUCGAGACCCCCCCCCCCACCGCCCCGUCCCGGCUCCGCCGUUGCCUCUCGGAUCGGCUCCGAGUUGGGGGGGGGAGCGCCUCCAGAACGGCCCCCAGCCCACAGGAAGGACGUGGGGUGGGGUGGAGGCCCCCCCCCUCCCCCCAGCUUCCCCCAGUUUGCGAGAAAAGAGAAGCAGAAGGCAGA